AUUUUUAGAAGCAGUCAUCUUCUUAAAUUUUAAUUAUGUCUUAAAGUUUUAAAAUUUUAGGACUUUUUACUAGGUUUUAAACUUUCAAUCUUGGAUUCACAUAAAGUUUCUAAAUUUAAUUGAUUUAUUGAAUUUAAAUUUGAACAUACGAAGUUUUAAACUUUCAUUAAUUUUUCACACAAAAUUAAAAGGAACCCUGUAGUGUAAGUUUGUAGGUUUAUUAUAGUAAAAUCUUAUUGAUAGAAAAAAAUUUGAAACUAUUUAUAAAGUAUAGAAAAAAAAAACUUAAAUUAACCAAAUAUUUUCCUGACUGUUUGGUUAUUUUUGAAAAUGACUCGUUAUUAUGCACUCCUGAAAGUCCAAGCGGACACAAAAGCUCAAAGGUAAGGGACUAAUUUAAUCCAAGUUUUAUUUGUUUAUUUUUAAUUUAAAGUCACUAAAUUACUAUCAUCUAUUAUUAUAUUAUUUUAAAAGAUAAAUAUCGUUAGUUUGAUUUUAUUUUAGUUUAAAGAACUGUUUCAAUUACAAAUUUAGCUCAGUAGUGAAAUAAGUUCCAAAAUUUGAUAUUUGAAUAAGAAAUUGCCUCCUAAUUUUAGAUCAAGCAUUAACACUAUUAAUAUUAAACACAAAUUCAUAAUUUUUCAUCGAGGAUUUGGCCAAUUGAUUGUUUAUUUUAAAAUCUGAAAGUUUCUGUUUGUUUUAGAAAAAUAUAUUUUUUUUUUAUCAAAUUAUAAAAAUUAUUUUUAAAGUACGAUGAUAAUUAUAAUUAUGUCAUCAAACAUUUAAUAAUGAACUCCAAUGUAUUAAAAUUUGCUUUUUCAAACUUGUAAAAAUUGAACCUACAAAAUGAUAGAAAAGAAAUAUAGACUCAAAAUUAUAUAAUCAGCACAAUUUAUUCAAUAACGAGUUAUAAUUUAUACAAUUACGAGUUAGGUAAGUUUGAUGGUCCAAUUUUAAAAUUUAGAUAAAUCUUAAUGGUUUUGGUUUUUAAUUUUGAAAGUUAUGCGAAUAUAGUUGUAUCUAUUAUAUAGAUGUUUUUUGUAAUUUACUCUUGAAUUUAUUAAUAAAUACUAAUAAAUGCUCAUAAAAGUUAGAAAGAAAGCAAAUGGUUGAGAGUUGAGACCUCGUUAGGUGAUCGUUUAAUUUCGCCUUUUACUCUUUUAUUUUAUUAUAUAUAUAUAUAUAUAUAUAUAACUUAAAUAAUUAAUUUAGUGUUAUUUUUCAUGGUUGUACGAAGAGAAAAAAUGAAUAAUCUACGUCUUUGGAAGAAAAACAUAAACAAUACUAGAGAACAAAAAAUUGAUCUAUAAGACAAAAUUAACAUUUGGAAAAGGGAAUGUUAGACACUCUUUAGCUUCAAGGUUAAACUAAAAUUGUCUAAUAGAUCGGUAUGCAUUUGAAAAUGUUAAAACUAAAUUAUCAUAUAGGUUUAAGACGGCCGUAAAUAUAGCUAUUAGAUUCGAAGUAUUAUUAUAUACAACAUCUCUUAGAGUUUAUAUAUUUAAUUAUUAUUACUAGAAUUACUAUCCAUUUGAAAGUAGAGAUUUGUAUUAGAGUAAAUGUCUAAUAGGUAUUAGGAAUUCUAAAAACAUAUCGGCAUAUUAUAUAUUUUCUUUAAUCUUAUAUGAAACCAAUUUUAUUAAUGUAAUUUGUUACUUUUAAUUAAUUUUAAAUUUUGCUUUUGCAACUAAAAGUGAAUAAAUUCCUAGAUACAGGGACAAAGGGGAUUUUUAACUAAAAUGUAAAUUAACCCAUCUAAAAGGUCGUUGAUUAAUUCAAAGUUUGAUUAGAAAAAAAGGGAAAAAAUUUUCAAAGAUGUAUGAAAUACUAAGAAGUGGAGUGAGAGGUGGCUUCAGAAUUUGAAGGAUCUGAAACUUUGGUUCAUAGCAUAUCCCAUUUUUCUGAGCAUCAAAUUCUCUCUGGAAAAUUUUGCUUUCUUUCUCAAACUCCAAGUAAGUGGGCCCUUUCUCCUUCACUUUGAAUUUGAAAACUCUGUUUUCUUUCUUGUUUCUACUCUUAAACAGAGAUCAUCAACUGCCUUUUGAUUUUGUUUCAAGAAUAAAUUGGAGCGAAGGAAUUUGAAUCUUGGACCUCUUCCUCUACUAUUUGAUUAUAAACAUAGUUUUAAUCAUAAUUAUGAUUCUACAUUUGUUUUCUUUUAUUUGUUGGGCGAGGUGAUGAUGAUUUAAAGUAGGUAGGUUUAAACUCACUUGGGGUUGUUUUUGGUAUAAUGGAAUAGAUUUAUGGUGUAAUGUAAUCCAAAUAUCAUGUUGGGAUUAAGCAUUUACUAAACUCAGUUAGUUUCCACGAUUUUCGAUCCAACCCUCCUUCCUAACCGAAAAUCUAAAGGAGUGUUGGUGUGAUAUUAAAUUCAUUCCCCAACACGCGGGCUUGAGCUUUUUGUAAUUUAGCAUAUGAUACACAUACAGUCCUUUUCAAGAGGAAUUUCAACGUACGUAUGCUUUGGUGUUUGUAUCAUUUGCUUUUUAUUUUAUUCUUUUUCACCUUAUCCAUUCAAUCUCUUGAUAUGUCAUGUCACAGUCUUGAGCUUACUUAGGGACCAAAGAAAUAUUUUUUCUUUCUUUGUGGGAACAUUAAAUGUUGUAUUUUACUUAUCUAAAACAGGAUAUUCGCAAAUCCCAAUCCUUAAAUUCUCUGUUGCCUUUUUACUUUGAACCUUUAGAUCAUCGUUCAUGUUCCUCAUCUUCCUUCACCACCGAAAGAGCAUCGGAGAAUAUUCUUUCCCUUUUAAACUUGAACUGCUAUUCUUCACAAAACAGAACAUUAUGGUACAAUAUUCUUACAUUCCAACACUCUUUCUCUUGUACAAAAUAAUCCUCAGUGUGUAUAUAUACAAAGAAAUCUCUCUUUGAUGGGUCUGUAAAAAUUCUACUUCUUCUUGCAGUUCUAAUGGCAGGGCCUGAUUACAAAGCCAAUCAAGACAAGGAUGAUUUUCUGCAGCUUUUGGCAGCUCUUGGAGUUGAUUUCCUUCUCUCUGGUGAAGAAAAGGUAUCCCCAAUAUCAUGUGCAGGGAAGAUGAUUUGCCUAUUCUUUUCUGCAAACUGGUGUAGACCUUGUAGGACUUUCACUCCACAGUUGGUUCAACUCUACAACACUUUGCAAAAGAGAGGUGAAAAGCUAGAGAUAAUCUUCAUCUCUUUGGACCAUGACAAAAAUGAAUUUGAACAAUACUUCAAGACUAUGCCAUGGCUUGCUGUGCCGUUGAACACCGAGUUGCAGAAACAGUUGUGCGGCAAGUACCAUGUUGAUUGCAUUCCAUCGUUUAUUCCGCUUUGCGGAGAUCAUAUUUUGAAAGAAGAUGACUUGAUUGGCUUCAUUGAAGAUUAUGGUGCUGAAGUAUUUCCUUUUACAAGGAAAAGGAUGCAGGAACUUAAGGCCAUGGAUUGUGCCAAACGUGUAGAAGGAAGACUUGAAGAACUCUUUGGGAACAGAGGAUAUAACUAUGUUAUUUCUAGUCAUGGAGGCAAGACACAAAUAUCUCAGCUAGUUGGAAAGACAAUAGGCCUUUAUUUUGGAGCAUAUUGGAGCCCUCCAAGUCGUUCCUUCACAGCCAAACUAUCUAAAGUAUACAAAGAAAUCAUGGACAAAACAGAGAAUCAUCACUCCUUAGAAGUAAUCUUCGUCUCCACGGACCGAAACCUCGACGAAUUCAAACUCAACAUAAUGGACAUGCCAUGGCUCGCUAUCCCUUACGAGGAUGAGACCCGGGGAGACCUCUACAGGAUCUUCGACGUGAAGGCAAUCCCAACACUAGUCCUGAUCGGGGCAGAUGGAAAGACGUCGAGUGAAAACGGAAGAGGCUUGGUUUGCUUGUAUGGAGCAGAGGCAUUCCCAUUUACAGAAGAAAGAAUAUAUGAGUUGGAAACAGCAGUGAAAAAGGAAGGAGAAGAAUUGCCUUCAAAUGUGGAGGAUAUAAAACACGAACAUGUUCUUAAAUUGGAGUUUGCAAAAGCCUAUGUUUGUGAUUUUUGCAAACUACAAGGAAGGUUUUGGGCAUUUUCUUGUCAUGUUUGUGAUUAUGAUCUUCAUCCAACUUGUGUUCAGCUCACAAAUAAUGUAUAAAAGUAGAGAUAAAGUUAGGAAGAGAAAUCAAAGUAAACUAUGAUUUUUGCUUUUCA